UGGUGGCGCCUCCCCCCCCCCACCCGGUGCCGCGGCGCAGGCGGGCGGCUGCUGCGCCGGGCUGCGGUUGGUGCCUUCCCCCCACCCCCUUCCCCUGCCCCCCCCAAUCCCCGCAGCAGCCGCCUGGCGGGCCCCCCCCCCCCCCCCCGGCUCGCCGCGACCCUCCCGGGAGCGCGGCCUGAGCCAUGCUGCUCCUGGCGGCCGCCUUCAUCGUGGCCUUCGUCCUCCUCCUCUACAUGGUGUCGCCGCUCAUCAGCCCCAAGCCCCUCAAGCUGCCCGGCGCUCACGUCGUGGUAACUGGAGGCUCCAGUGGAAUUGGAAAAUGUAUCGCUAUUGAAUGUUAUAAGCAAGGUGCUUUCAUAACACUGAUUGCAAGGGAUGAGAACAAGCUGUUGCAGACUAAGAAGGAAAUAGAAAAGAAUUGUGUUAAUGACAAGCAGGUUGUACUAUGUAUUUCUGUUGAUGUAUCUAAAGACUAUGAACAAGUGGAGAACGUUCUAAAACAGGCUCAGGAGAAGCUGGGGCCAGUUGACAUGCUUGUAAACUGUGCAGGAACUUCAGUUACAGGAAAGUUUGAAGAUAUUGAAGUUAAUUCUUUUGAAAGAUUAAUGGCAGUCAAUUACCUGGGUAGUGUUUACCCCAGUCGAGCAGUAAUCGCUACCAUGAAGGAACGAAGAAUGGGAAGGAUUGUGUUUGUAUCAUCUCAGGCUGGGCAAUUGGGCCUGUUUGGCUAUACAGCUUAUUCUCCAACAAAGUUUGCUCUUCGAGGCUUGGCUGAAGCCCUGCAAAUGGAGGUAAAACCUUAUAAUAUCUACGUAACGGUGGCCUAUCCUCCAGACACUGACACACCUGGCUUUGCAGAAGAAAGUAAAACAAAGCCCUUAGAGACGAAGCUAAUUUCUGAAACCUCAUCUGUUUGCCAAGCAGAACAAGUCGCCAAAGUUAUAGUCAGAGAUGCCAUACAAGGAAACUUUAACAGCUCAGUUGGAUCAGAUGGUUACAUGCUAUCAAUAUUGACAAGUGGAAUGUCACCAGUCACUUCUAUUACUGAAGGUCUUCAGCAGGUUGUUUGCAUGGGCAUUUUUCGCAUCGUUGGCCUAUUUUAUCUAGGAAGUUUUGACAGCAUAGUUCGUCGCUGCAUGAUGCAAAGGGAAAAAUCUGAAAGUGCAGAUAAAACUGAGUAAUCUUUACUUGAAUUGAAAGAAGAAUGUCAAAGUCCUGGACAGCUUGCUGCUUAAGUGGGACUCAGUUUUUGUCCUGAAGGAUUUAGACUGAAAGUACUUGCAUAUGUGACAGAUGAGUCCCCUCAAAAGCUAUGAAAGAAAACAAAAGUACAACUCCAGAAAAUGCCAAACUAUGCAAAAGUGUGAAUGAGGAUUAGAUAUAUUUUUUGUGUGAUUUGAGUUGGAGAGAAUUUGGGGUACUUGUAAGUGGUCUGCAGAGUAGAGUUUGAAAAUGGGCUAUGUGUGGUAAUUCUGGACAAAUGCUUAAGUUUUCUCACCUUGGUGCUUACGGACAAAAAAGUACCAUGACAGACUGGGCUGAAGUAGAUUGAAGUCCCCUGAACAAGUUGGUACCUUUUGCUAACAUUUUGGGACUGUUUUUAAUUUAGAAUGUUAACUUUUCCUUUGGCCAAUCUACAGAUCCUUCUGUCAAUGACAGCUUUUCUUAUUCUAGCCAACAUGCAACUGUUGAAACCUUAAGAUGGCAGAUACAUUUGUAUGAUCCAAGCUUUCUCAGCCUGGGAGUAAUUAAAAAGUAUGGUUUAAUAUAUGCAUACUUUCUAAAGGGAGAUGAAGAACCCGUUCUCACAGAGAAAUGCUAGGAGAAGUGAUUGGGUCUGUAGCUCUUCUGGCCUUUGAAGUAUGUUGUGAACAAAAAAAAAUCAAACCAGUAUCAAGUGUGUUGAUUAUGACUUUCAGCAUUUUAAGCCAUUGAAAUGAUGUACAAUUUUUACAGAUGCUUACUUUUCCUUAUCUGCCAGAUUUUGCUCUGGAAAGGAAAGUAGCUUAAUGCUACCUUUAUGCACAUUAUUUUUCAAAGCUGCAAAUGAUGAGCCAAACCACUAGAUGAUAGAAUCAAUUGUAAUUAAAAUGCCAGGCUCUUCCAGUAGCAGGAAUGUAGCUUUUUGGGGCAGCGGGUUCGGGAGGGGGGAAGGGUGUAUGACAGAAUGGCAUUCCACACUUAAUUUUAUCACUGCAUGGAAAACCUUUCACAUGACAAGAAAUUAUUUAAAAUACUCUCCUUCUAUGCCCCGCUUCUAAUUUGUUUCACUUAUAAUAUACAAAACAAGGCUGCUCAAUAACUGCUUCAGAAUACACAGAACCCAGUGGUUGUUUCUAAUAAAUCUUAACACUGAAAAAGCUUGAUGCAUAACAAUGAUGUUUUAAGGGUGCACUAUAUAUACUGUUUAUUUAAUGGACCACUAUAGCAAGUGCCUUGUGAGCUGCUUUAUUUUCAAAAGCUGCAUAUUUUGUAUUUGUUAGCACUGCUGUGUUUUCAUUGUCAUAUUUUCCAUUUUUCAGUCAGUACUCUGAAUCUAAAAUUAAUUGUAAAACUGGGCACUUUCACUUCCCUGAAAGUAAUACUUAACAAAAUAGGCAACAUCGAUUGCUUUUGUUAAGAUAUUCUCUACGUCUGUCUAAGAAGAGGUAUUCAAUUAAACUGAUAUGAAAACCAAUAGGCGGUUAACUGGAAAACCUUUAAAAUAUAAUUUGAGGCUAGCUAUUUUCCUUCUUUGAAUUCAGUUGAUCACUUUCAAAUUUUCUUCACAUAGACUAAACUUGCUUUAAUACCUGGUUUACAAACAUAUUUUGGGGGAGGGUCACAGUGGUACUCUCAUUUUAAGUGGUUAGACUUUCAUUAGAUUGCAAAUGUUGAGGCAUUGUUGAAUUCUUCACAAAGAUGUUGUUUUAGGUCCUGCCUCCUGAUUUAGUUUAGAUAUGUGAAGUUGUGCAUGCCUAUAAUAUAAUACUGGUUUUGAGAAUAGAGUGUAUUCCUGCAUUUUUAAACAGCUGGGCUUCAGUGCAAAGAAAUCUAGUGUGCAUAUGUGUUUCCUGUGCUGCUUAAUGUGAAUGACAUAAUGGAGCAUUUAUCAUACAUCCAUUGUCAACAUUGCUGUGUUUCUUAAAGCCACAUAGCAAUGCUAUUUGGACCCUAUUAUCUAUGUUAAUUCUUAUUUUGAUACAAAUCUAAUAUUCCUUUGGCCACCUGCAAAAGAUACCAAAAGGGAUGAAUCCGUUGUGCUGUAGUUUGAAAGAAACGGUUAUGUAAAUGGCUUGACAUCAACACAAGCUUGAAGGUCAGGACUUAAAACCAGUAAGACUUUGGAUACUUGAAUUUUUGGAUCUUCAACUCAAUGUUAAAGGGUUUGUAUUUAAGAAACAUAAUCCAGAAGGUCAAAGGACACACAAGACACUGUGGCAGCUGGGCCUCUUUUGAACAUACUUCAGGUUGGACAUCUUAUCGCUAAUCACUCUUUCUUGACUGAAGAGUCCUCCAGAUAAUGGCUGAUUUAAUUCAGCACAAGUGUCUCUGAAGGAGAAAUAAGAAUACUGGGUGAAUGUUAUGGCUGAUCUAUAGAGGCUUCAGUUCACACCUAAUUUUGCAUAGUGUAAGUGGUUGUAUUGACAGUAAAACUGUAGGUCAAACUUCUCAGCAAUUGUGGAAAUUGGAACGAGGCAAGUUUUUUUUGAAGGAACAAGUAAAGAAUAAUCUUUUUAAAUGUUCUAGUUUCUGCUGCUGCAAGUUAAUGCAGUUAAUUUUAACUGUUAAACUUUUCAACUGUUUUACUGUCAAAACAUGGUAAAUUGUCAACUGCAGCAACCUUUGGUGUAAAUUUUCUUUUCUUAUGCACAUUCUCUGUCUACCAAUAUACUCAUUUUAAGGUCCAGUAUUAAGUGAAGGAGAUGCCUUGUAAUCUGUGGAAAAAUGCUUAGCAGCCAAAAAACUAUUUUGCCAGUUUAAAUGUUACAAAACCUCUGCAUUGAAAUGUUUUAGCAGUGUAUUAGAUCCGUGAAGAACUUCAAAUAGGCUUUAUUACUUUUUGUCAAAUUGUCAAUAAUUUAAUCAUUUGUGCCAUAUCAGUUGGUGUCUUGUCUCUUGUUUUCUUGGUCAAUCUUUAAGAUUCGAUUUAGGCUUUGAUAGUCUUUUCCUUUCCAUGUAGUUUCUAAUGACUGUCUGCUUUAAAUACAGAUUUAUUGUAACUUUACAUAUAGUUUACUUCACCAAGGUGUUCAUGUGCAAUUUAAAUAGAUUUAAUAUUUUACUAAGAGAAAAAUAUAUAGGUAAAUAAACUUUAUUUGCUGUGAAAAACUCUAGGCACUUUUAAAUGGUAAAAAUAUAUAGCAUUAUUUGUAAAAAGAAAUUUGUGCUUAUUGCUUCAUCAUUUUUGUGCCAGAACUGUUAACUAGUUUUCAUAUUUUAUAUUUCUCAAAAUAAAUGAAGAAUCAACAAA